AUGGCCUCUUCAACUGCUUCCCAAUCGCAGCCCAACUACAAGGCCGCCGACUCAAUCCUCCUCACGCUCUUCGCCAACCGCUUCAUGAGCGUGGCGGAGGCAAUGGGUCGAUCGCUGCAGCAGGCGGCAAUUAGCACAAGCAUCAAGGAGCGCCUGGACUUCUUGUGCGCGCUGUUCGCCCCAGACGGAGACUUGGUGGCGAACGCGCCGUUCAUUCCCAUUCACUUGGGGCCAUUGAGUCUCGCGGUGCGCUACCAGAUGAAGCUGCACGGCAAGUCGCUCAAGCCUGGUGACGUGCUCAUGACCAACUCGCCCUGGGCGGGCGGCUCACAUCUGCCCGACAUUACAACCAUCUCGCCCGCGUUCGACACCAAGGCGCACGAGAUCAGCUUCUUCACCGCGUGGCGCGCGCACCACGCCGACAUCGGCGGCAUCCUCCCCGGCUCGAUGCCGCGGCGCCGACGAACAUUCUCGAGGAGGGCGCGCAGAUCGAGAGCUUCAAGAUCGUGGAUGGCGGCGUGUGCGAUGUACCCUGGGAGCUCGGGGUGCAGGAACAUCAAGGAUGUGGAGAGCGAUCUGAAGGCUGCAACCAACCACAGGGGCAUCCAGCUCAUCCAGGCUAUUGUGGAUGACUGCGGGCUCAAGGCCACACAGGAGUACAUGCACCACAUCUGGUCCAAUGCCGAGCAGUCCGCCCGGAACCUGUUCCGGGACACUGCCAAGCGCGCAGGGACGAACAUCCUCGAGGCGAUCGACUACCUCGACGGCGGCUCCCCAGUGCGCCCGCAUCCCCCGCUUAGAUCCCGCAUACUCGCCGCCCCCUCCCAGAUCCGACUGAAGGUGCCGGUCAACGAGGCGGCAGGCUCGGCCAUGUGCGACUUCACGGGCACUGGCUGCGAGCGCGCGAUGCUCAACAUGGACAUCCCGCUCAACGCGGGCUGCCUCGUGCCCGGCACCGCCACCAUCCCCGAGGGCAGCCUGCUGAGCGAACGUGCUCACGAGCCAGCGCGUAGUCGACGUUGUGCUGAAGUUGCGCCAGCUGAGCCUGCCCAGCCAGUGUCUGGCAGUCCGUGGGAAAUACACCAUCGCCCGAGCGAGCAAGCGCGCGACUCGCAGCUCGACUCUCGCAAGCUCUCGAGACUCGCAUCGAUCCUCCGCUUCCGCCUCUCCCUCGAUGUGUCAAACACCGCCAUCAUCAUGUGGGCCUCAAGCCGACUGCAAGGUCAUCUGCCUGCGCAGCCGCUUGUCCCCCGUUGGCGCGCCACGUCCAGCCUUCGAGCUGGCCGCGAGGUAGCGCAAUAUCUCGGUGCACCCCGCAACCGCCUGGCACCUGCAGUGCACCUGCUGAUCCAACCCAAAUGGGCGAAGACUGCCGCGCCUGGUUCUGCGCCCAAUGCGAUGAUGCUCGGCGCAUACAAGGCCGCGCAAUCACCUCCUGGCUCGCCUGACCCUUGGCCAAUAUCCACACCCACGGAGACCCGCAAGACCCGCGAGACCCACGGACGACCGGCGCAAUUCACUACCUGA